GAUUUUUUUCCUCGAGAAGUUUCGGCUAAUUUCGAUACUGUUAUUAAAUGUUGUAAAUCUUGUUACCACCAGAAAGAAUUGGCAGCAUGAGUAGUAAAAUGCCUUACAAACUCCGUUGUUCAAUGGCAGGGCAUUCAAAGGACGUUCGAAGCGUAACUGUAGGAGAGUUAAUGGAAGAAUGUGUCGUAUCUGGUUCUAGAGACAAGACUGCAAAACUGUGGUUACCUGAAGGUUUGGGAUUUGUCUGUGAUCAAACAUACAUAGGAAAUGAAGGUUAUGUAUCUUCAGUUGCUAUUGGUGGCACUUCAGAUAAUUUUCCUGGUGGAUGUGUCAUAACUGGCUGUCAAGAUGGGAAAAUCAGAGUUUAUAACCCAGGCUCUGUCAACCCAACAUCAACCUUUACUGGUCAUUCAGACACAGUCUGUGCCCUAAUUACCCGUCCUGGAUUUUUGUUAAGUGGCUCAUGGGACAAAACUGCAAGAUUGUGGCAGUCAGAUGGGGCUCCUAUUGUCACACUCUCUGGCCAUGCUGCAGCUGUAUGGGCUAUUGAAUUUUUGCACUGCCCUAAUUCUGCAUCUGAGUCCUUAAUACUAACAGGAUCUGCAGAUAAAACGAUUAAACUGUGGAAAGGAGAUUCACCAUUCCAGAGCUUUAAAGGACAUACUGACUGUGUCAGAGCACUUGCUGUCUGUGAUUCUAAUCGUUUCCUGUCUGCUGCAAAUGAUGCAACUAUCAGACUAUGGAUUACAAGUGGGGAUUGCAUAGCUACUUUUUAUGGACACACCAACUAUAUUUAUGGGCUGUGUAUGAUGCCGGAUCGCAAUGUCUUUGUCAGCUGUGGUGAAGAUCGUUCCCUACGCAUAUGGAAAUUGGAUGUUUUCGAUGAAUGUCAACAAACCGUCUUCCUACCUGCGCAGAGUGUUUGGUCAGUUAGCGUGAUGCGAAACGGUGAUAUUGUUACUGGCAGCAGUGACGGAUUAGUCCGCAUUUUCACUCAGUCGCCAGAACGAGCAGCAAAUGCAGAGGUACUACAAGCUUUUGAGCAAGAGCUUGCUCAAACAUCCCUGAACGCUCAAUUGGAGUUGGGUGGCAUCAAAGCUUCAGAUUUGCCUGGACCGGAGAGCCUUUUCGAACCUGGCACAAGAGAAGGUCAAACAAAAAUGGUUCGUAAUGGGGAAACCGUUUCCUGUUACAGCUGGUCUUCAGGUGAUAGUGAAUGGACGAAAGUUGGUGACGUCGUCGGGGCUGCUGGUCAAUCAGAGGCAACUAAAAAUCUUUAUGAAGGGAAAGAAUAUGAUUACGUCUUCAGCGUCGAUAUCGAGGAAGGAAAACCGCCAUUAAAAUUACCCUAUAACACCUCAGAAGAUCCUUGGUUGGCUGCCCAGAAGUUUAUACACAAGAAUGAUCUCAGCCAGUAUCAUCUGGACACAGUAGCAAACUUCAUUAUUCAGAAUAGUAAGAGCGGAACAAGCGAUGGUGCUUCACAGACAUCGAACAUGAGUAAUACAUACGUGGACCCUUUCACUGGCGGCUCUCGUUAUGUUCCGUCUUCUGGGAAUGUUCCUUCAAAUAUAGCAAUGAAUGUGGCAGAAGAUCCAUUUACUGGCUCAGGUCGCUAUAUUCCGGCUGGUCAACCAAAAAAGCCUGAACCGUCAUUAUUUCCCGUUAAGGACUUCCUGUGUUUCGACCAGGCUAAAAUUGAAGCCAUUACUAGCAAACUAAGAGAGUUUAAUGAGAAAGUUGAUCCGAGUCUUCAGUUAUCCGAUGCCGAUUUAUUAUCAUUUGUACAAUCCGCGGAUCCCAAGUCUACCAUUCAAGGGAUUCCCCACUUAGAAACGUUUCUUCGUUGGCCCUCCGAUAUGAUGUUUCCUGCUUUGGACAUUUUGCGACUCGCUUCACGCCAUCCCCAUAUGAAUCGGUUUCUUUCCGAAAAAGAAGGAUUGCUUGAUGUUUUGCUCGCUGUGGGUCGUUCGACUGUUCCCAAUUGCAUGAUGAUUUUUCGGACCAUUGCACAUCUAUCAAUGCAUAAGUCUGCACAGCAAACACUGAUGGACCAUCGCGAAGCAAUAUUUGCAUCUGUGUUAUCGGUUAUGACAGAAAGUGACCUCUCAUUUACCAAACACUCUCAAUGGAAACAUGUGGAAGUAGCUGUUUCAACCAUCAUACUUAACUUUUCCAUCCUUAUCCAUUCAACAGCCUCUUUUGCUACAGUUGAGGCAAAAUCUAGUUUAUUGUGUACAAUUGGCAAAAUUUUGUCUAAAUUACAGGAGGAAGAGGCUUUGUUUAGGACUUUGGUAGCAGUUGGGACACUUUUGGCAGAUGACAAUGAUGCUGUUGCUAUUGCACAUUCUAUAGAACUAAAGUCUAAAAUUGACUACUUCCAGAAUGUUUCUGGUAAAGUAGGUGAAUGUUCUAAACAAAUCUUACUCCUUUUAAAAUGAUAAACUAAUGCAUAUGUGAGUCCUGUAUUAACAAAGUGAAAACAUGAAAGUGAAAUACAGUUGGAAAUUUUCCUGAA